AUGGAGACUGCUCAAAGCCCCCGUGUCAAGGAUGAACCUCCGCGAAAGCGUCGCGGUAGGCCAAGGAAGAACCGGUCCGAUGACGAAACCUUGAAUGCACGGCGAGAAAGAGGCCGCAAAGCGCAAAAGCUGUAUCGAGUUCGCCAGCAGGCUGUCGAAGAAGCCAAGAAGCAAGAACUGAGUGGGCUGGAAAGAACUCUUCGUGAUGUGGUCUCAGAGUUCCUGAGCUUUACCAACCAUGUUGUGCAGUCCGACUGGGCAAAGCAUGAUCUGGCACUUAUGGAUCGCCUGCACCAGUCGACUGAUCAUAUCCUUUCUAUGGUUGACACCGAGGCAUCAGGAUCGUGUUCUUCAUUGUCAGCCCUAACAGCCUUGCCAGACGACACCAGCAGUGUCCCUGAACUUGAACACUCCACUCUCGACGCAACAGAAUCGGCACCCUUAACAGGGCAGCAAGUGACUGCGGUCACUGAAACCGGGUUGUAUUACGGAGACAACUCAUUGCUAGAGGUUUCUGCUAGCGAUUCAGUCACACAGCCCCCUGUCAUCGGAAGAGAUCCGGGCCCAGGCUUUCCCAAGUACAAAACCUAUCAUUCCACCAAGGCAACCAUACCAAUGACCAUCUCUCCAUUCCACACGUUCAUGACACACGCAAUUGAUAGACCAAGACUUGACAAUCCUCUCAGUCUGGAAAUCACCUAUCUCGCCAUACAGAAAGCCUAUCGCUUACUCUCCACGGCGACAAACCUCACAAGCCACCUCGUCUCCCGUGUCUUUGGUUUUGCAUUGACGCAACACUCGAGGCAGCAGAUACUGAACUACCUGGACUGGUUCUUAGGCCCAGGCUAUGCUCACAUUGAUUUCUUGGCAACCGCGUCCGUUCUCAAAUUCACGGAUGCUAUGGUAGCGCAAAAGCUGAUAUCGUCUAUGGGAGAGGAGGUCUACAAUGCCGACAAGGUUGCCCGUUUGCUACGCGAGCGGAUUCAGGGGGAUGCAUGUCAAGACAUACUGGAUAUAAAGGUCGAUAUCAGCUCAGCAGACACGCCACUGAUGGGAUACUGGGUACAACCGGCACCGGUAUGGGCCAUUUCUCCAUACCAUUCCAAUACUAUGGCAACGAUCCGUGUCUCAAAAGCUCGACUUUUGCAGAGUCUUACGACCGGUGGCUAUUGCGUCGGCCCAGGGCCGGCUUUUCUCAGGCGAAACUUUGAGAAAGCCAUUUUCGACUCAAAGAUUGAUACAUUCUGUUGA